AUGCCCAACGCGUCGUCGUGGCCGUGGGGGUCGUGGUCGUCGGGGCCCGUCGCCAACGGGUCGUGCGCGCUGCCCGCGCCUAGCGGCUGCGCCAACGGCUCAGCCCCGCCGCCGCCGCCGCCCGCGCUGCCCGCGCCGCUGGCCGUGGCAGUGCCCGUGGUGUACGCGCUCAUCGGCGCCGUGGCGCUGGCGGGCAACUCGGCCGUGCUGCUGGUGCUGCUGCGCGCGCCGCGCCGCUCCGUCACGCACCUGUUCCUGCUCAACCUGGCGGCCGCCGACCAGCUGUGCGCGCUCGUGCUGCCCGUCAACAUCGCCGACCUGCUGCUGCGCCGCUGGCCGCUCGGGGAGCUGGCCUGCAAGCUGGUGGUGGCCGCCGACCAGUACAACACGCUCUGCGGCCUCUACUUCCCCGCCGUGCUGGGCGCCGACCGCUACCGCGUGGUGCUGGCCGCGGCCCGCUCGCGCCGCGCGGCCGGACGCACCCCCGGGGCCGCGCGCGCCGUGUCGCUGGCCGUGUGGGCGCUGGCCACGCUCGUCGUGCUGCCCUUCGCCGUGUUCGCGCGCCUGGACGACGAGCAGGGCCGGCCCCAGUGCGUGCUGGUGUUCCCGCGGCCCGAGGCGGCGUGGUGGCGCGCCAGCCGGCUCUACUCGCUGCUGCUGGGCUUCGUGCUGCCCGCGUCCACGCUCUGCGGCCUCUACUGCGCGCUGCUGUGCCGCCUGCGCGCCGCGCGCCCCCCGGGCCCCGCGCGCGCCCUGGGCCGCGCCCGCCGCCGCGCCACGCGCCUCGUGCUGGCCAUCGUGGCCGCCUGCCUGCUCUGCUGGACGCCCUACCACCUGGGCACCGUCGUGGCGCUCACCACCGACCUCCCGCACACGCCGCCCGUCGUCGCCGCCUCCUACUUCAUCACCAGCCUCAGCUACGCGCACAGCUGCCUCAACCCCUUUCUCUACGCCUUCCUGGACGACGGCUUCCGUCAGGGCCUCCGCCGGCUGCUGGCCUGCCGGCCCCCGGCCUGAGCCGCCCCGCCCCC